CUAAUUUAUUUCGAUCAUACUCGAGCUAUCUCAUUUUGAUUUUCUCCUAUGUCAGAAGGUCAAGUCCAUUUCAGGGACCUAUUCAUUCAUCUUCACUCUUCGCAGAGCUGAGGUCCCUAAGAACGGAUUGCGAUUCGACGCAGAGGACAGCCAAACCAGAUUCCAUGUCUUCCCAUUUUCUCUACCUCCUCCUCUUCGUUACUUCCCUUCGUCUCUCUUCAUCAGAUGAACACUCGAUGGAGUCGGUUCCUGAUCUUCAAAAUUCAAUGUACCUAGCAGUUGAUGGUUACCCAUGCAUUCGAUUACUUAAUCUUUCUGGUGAAAUCGGCUGUUCAAAUCCUGGACGAGAAAAGGUUGUAGUUCCAAUGAUUAACUUCAAAGAUGCUGAUGAGAUAUUGCAACCAUCUGCAGUUUUAGUUUCAAUGGAUGAAAUCUCGAGUUUCUUUACUAGACUACAGGAUGAUUCUCAUUUUGCAAAUAACGUUGGUGGUGUUUUAAUCAAACCAGGAACUGAAAUGCAAAAUAGUACAAAAGGAUUUUCUCCGGCCCAAAAGUUUCCACAAGCUUCAUUUGCUCCUUACAAAAAGAUUGACUAUGAAUGGAACCCAAUUGGAUCUGGAAUUAUGUGGAAUCAAUAUAACUUUCCUGUUUUCUUAAUAUCUGAGAGCAGCAUUUCGUCUAUACAGGAAGCUGCUUCAAAAAAUGUGAAGAAUAAGAAAGAUUACAUAUCUAAUGUUGCUGAAUUUGAUCUGGUGAUGCAGACAACCAAGGCUGGAACUCAUAAUUCAAUGUCUUGUUUGAAAGAAGUAACAUGCCUUCCGUUAGGUGGAUACAGUGUCUGGUCAUCACUUCCUCCAAUCAAUACCUCUUCCUCUGAUCAGUCUAAGCCGGUCAUUCUCACAGUGGCUUCAAUGGAUUCUGCCUCUUUCUUCCGUGAUAAAAGCAUUGGUGCAGACUCCCCCAUCUCUGGCCUGAUUGCGUUGCUGGCUGCAGUUGAUGCACUUUCCCAUGUGGAUGGAUUUGAUGAUCUUCAUAAACAGCUUGUUUUUGUUGUCUUCACUGGAGAGUCCUGGGGCUAUCUUGGUAGUAGGAGAUUUUUGCUUGAACUUGAUUUACAGUCUGAUGCUGUCAGCGGCCUUAACAAUAGGUUAAUUGAUUCGGUUUUUGAAAUUGGAUCUGUUGGAAAGAGCUCCAGUCAUGGUUUUGGAAAGUUUUUCGCUCAUAUGACAGAGGUUUCAUCUUCCAAGAAUGAGACAUGGAACGCCUUGAAGCUUGCUCGAGAGUCACUUCCAUUAGAGAACAUAAAAGUCUCACCAGCUAGUACUACAAAUCCAGGGAUACCGCCAUCUUCCUUGAUGGCAUUUCUGGCAAAGAACCCUCAGAUCUCUGGGGUGGUAUUAGAAGACUUUGAUACUAGCUUUACCAAUCAAUUUUACCAAAGUCACCUCGAUGAUUUACAUAAUAUAAACUCAUCGGCUAUUGAAGCAGCUGCUUUACUUGUUGCCCGAACUCUUUACAUUCUUGCAACCAACAAAAAGGAAUUGAGUAGUUCUGCCCUAACUGCUAUCAAAGUGAACACGUCGUUGGUUGAAGAGCUUAUAGGAUGUCUCCUUAAUUGUGACCCUGGUCUCUCUUGUGAGUUGGUGAAGAGAUAUAUUUCUCCCUCCAGUGUUUGUCCAAACCAUUACGUUGGUGUUAUCCUUGAUGAACCUUCGUCUACUCCUUAUCCUGGUUAUGUUCAUGAUGUUUCAAGAUUUGUUUGGAACUUUUUGGCUGACAGAACAUCUAUUCCUAAAGAGAAUACUAGCUCAGUCUGUUCACAAAAUUGUGACGACAAAAGUGAGGUGUGCAUUGGAGCGGAGACUGGAAAAGGAACUUGUGUUAUAUCAACUACCAGGUACAUUCCAGCAUACUCAACAAGAUUGAAGUUCGAAUCUGGAUAUUGGAAUGUGCUUCCUCCAAAUUCAUCUGACCCGCUGGGGGCUGUCGAUCCAGUUUGGACAGAGAGCAAUUGGAAUACCAUAGGGCUCCGGAUGUAUACCAUCCAAGCUACUGCUUAUGAUCGAUUUGUUUUACUUGGAGGCAUUACUACCACAAUCUUAGCUUAUUUUGCAAUAGUAGCCGUGCAAAGCUCCAUUAUAAAGGCCUUGAAGAGAGAUUGAUAGUGUUUUAGGUUAAUUAAUGGAACUACUAAAUGAAAAGGCUGAGAAAAAUAGGACAGUUAGAUCAUUUUCAUGCUAGUUGCAGAGGUGUUGUAUUGUUUAAUUUUGCAACCCUCUUGUCUCCCAUUGGCGAAUGGCCGGAUCUGUUGCCUUUGAAGCUUUACAUGUUAGUUCACAAAUGAUUGGAGUCUGGACGAGAUUCUGUAUAGUUGCUUCUUUAUCUGUUUCCAGUUUGUGAUUCUUGUAGUUAAUCUUCUCUCAGGUGCAGCAUCCACACAUGAUAUACUUGCCUGAUCAUUACAGAAACAGAAAAGCCAUCGACAAAGACAUUUCUGUAUAUUUGAUUGAACAGUUUAUUGGAAUUGAAAAUAGACAGAUAAUUCAACUGUUCUGGGCACCAUUUUUAA